AUGUUCCGCAACGCCGUGUCAAGACCCCUCCUCCGCGUCAACCAGACCGUAGUUGCCAAGCGCUCUUUUUCCGCCAUUCCCGCCAGGAUGGGUGAGGGCGACACCGGCGCUCCCAGGUCUGGAGGUGUUGCAUCAAGUGAUGCAUUCACCCGUCGUGAGGCUGCCUCGGAAAACAAGUUUGUCAAGGAGAAGGAGCUUGAGAAGCUUAGUUUGUUGAAGCAGAAGCUUAAGGAGCAGCGCCGUCACCUUGAUGACCUCGACAAACACAUUGACGACCUUACCAAGGAACAAAAAAAGAACUAG